CGGCUGGGAAAGGAUACAGAUUUGUUUGUAAAUGCAUCAUAAACAGACAGCCCAGAAUGAAGAAAGCAAGCAGGAGUGUUGGCUCAGUGCCCAAAGUGCCUGGAGUAAAUAAAACUCAAACAACUGAAAAAGCCAAACCAGAAAACGGCUCCUCAGUGUCUGCAGUAACAAAACUCUCCAAAACUGGGACAUCGGCAUCUCUUUUGAAGACUAAGAGUAACGAUGACCUCUUAGCGGGGAUGGCUGGUGGUGGUGGAGUGACAAUGACCAACGGUGUCAAGGCCAAGAAGAACACUUGUGUGUCAACAGCAUCUUCAGCUCCAGGGACAGCCAUGAACAGUCUGGAAAAUAAACCCAAAACUAUUGCAGGUACCAGUUCCACAGCGAAGCGCAGCACCUCGUCUGGGAAUAAAGAGUCAAGCUCUUCCAGAGAGAGAAUCCGCGAUCGUUCCCGUUUGAGCCAGAGCAAAAAGCUGCCUUUGGCGGGACAGGGCGCCAACGACGCGGUCCUGGCCAAGCGCUCCCGCAGCCGCACCAACCCCGAGUCGGACAUUCGCAUGAGCAAGUCCAAGUCAGACAAUCAAAUCAGCGACAAAGCUGCGUUGGAAGCGAAGGUGAACGAUCUCCUGACGUUGGCGAAAACUAAAGAUGUGGAAAUCUUGCAUCUGAGAAAUGAACUAAGGGAUAUGCGGGCUCAGCUGGGACUCAACGAAGAUCAGCUUGAAGGUGAUGAAAAAUCGGAAGAAAAAGAGGCCAUUGUUGUCCAUCAGCCGACUGAUGUAGAGUCUACAUUGCUGCAGUUACAGGAACAGAACACCGCCAUCCGAGAAGAGCUCAACCAGCUGAAGAAUGAGAAUCGAAUGUUAAAAGACAGACUGAAUGCACUGGGCUUUUCUUUGGAGCAAAGGCUGGACAACUCUGAAAAACUGUUUGGCUAUCAGUCUUUGAGUCCAGAGAUUACGGCUGGCAACCACAGCGAUGGUGGUGGCACUCUGACAUCUUCAGUGGAAGGUUCUGCUCCUGGGUCAAUGGAAGACUUGUUAAGUCAGGAUGAAAAUACUCUGAUGGACAACCAACACAGUAAUUCCAUGGAUAAUUUAGACAGCGAGUGCAGUGAAGUUUAUCAGCCACUGACAUCAAGUGAUGAUGCUUUAGAUGCUCCAUCGUCUUCAGAGUCUGAAGGAGUACCAAGUAUAGAAAGAUCUAGGAAGGGAAGCAGUGGCAAUGCGAGUGAAGUGUCCGUAGCUUGUCUCACGGAACGGAUACAUCAGAUGGAAGAGAACCAACACAGUACGGCUGAAGAGCUCCAAGCCACACUUCAAGAGCUUGCUGAUUUGCAACAAAUAACACAAGAGCUCAACAGUGAGAAUGAAAGACUCGGAGAGGAAAAAGUAAUCCUUAUGGAAUCUUUGUGCCAGCAGAGUGACAAGUUAGAACACUUCAGCCGUCAGAUCGAGUAUUUCCGGUCCCUUUUAGACGAGCACCACAUCUCGUACGUGAUCGAUGAGGACAUGAAAAGCGGUCGCUACAUGGAGCUGGAGCAACGUUACAUGGACCUGGCAGAGAACGCCCGGUUCGAGCGAGAGCAGCUGCUGGGUGUCCAGCAGCACUUGAGCAACACUUUGAAGAUGGCAGAACAAGACAACAAGGAGGCCCAAGAGAUGAUAGGGGCGUUGAAGGAACGAAAUCACCACAUGGAACGGAUUAUUGAGUCAGAGCAGAAAAGCAAAACAGCGCUGGCGUCUACCUUGGAGGAGUACAAAACCACAGUGGCCAGUGACCAGAUCGAGAUGAACAGGCUGAAGGCUCAGUUAGAGCACGAAAAGCAGAAAGUGGCCGAGUUGUAUUCAAUACACAACUCUGGAGAUAAAUCAGACAUUCAGGAUCUGCUGGAGAGUGUCAGGCUGGAUAAAGAGAAAGCAGAGAGCUUGGCCAGUGGUCUGCAGGAAGAGCUGGCACACACCCGCAACGACGCCAAUCGACUGCAAGACGCCAUUGCCAAGGUUGAAGAUGAAUACAGAGUGUUCCAAGAAGAAGCCAAAAAACAAAUUGAGGAUCUCAAUGUGACUCUGGAAAAAGUUCGGACAGAACUGGACGAGAAAGAGACUGAGAGAAGUGACAUGAAAGAAACUAUCUUUGAGUUGGAGGAUGAAGUGGAGCAGCAUCGUGCUGUGAAGCUUCAUGACAAUCUCAUCAUAUCUGAUUUGGAGAGUAAGCAGGAAGAGGAACGUGGCCGAGUGUACAAUUACAUGAACGCUGUAGAGAGAGACUUGGCAGCUCUGAGGCAGGGAAUGGGCCUGAGCCGCAGAUCAUCCACCUCCUCCGAGCCCACCCCCACUGUGAAAACACUCAUCAAGUCCUUUGACAGCGCCUCCCAAGUUCCAAGCCCUGCUGCUGCCACAAUUCCUCGCACUCCCCUGAGCCCAAGUCCCAUGAAAACUCCCCCAGCUGCUGCUGUAUCCCCUAUGCAGAGGCAUUCUAUAAGUGGGCCAAUCUCAGCUUCGAAACCCCUUGCUACCCUGACAGACAAAAGACCAAGCUAUGCAGAAAUUCCUGUUCAAGAACAUCUGUUGAGAACAUCCUCUACCAGCCGACCGGCGUCCUUGCCAAGAGUACCUGCUAUGGAAAGUGCCAAAGCUAUUUCUGUCUCUCGAAGAAGUAGCGAAGAAAUCAAGCGGGAUAUCAGUGCCCCCGACGGAGCAUCUCCAGCGUCUCUCAUGGCAAUGGGCACCACCUCACCACAGCUGUCCCUCUCUUCUUCUCCUACAGCAUCAGUCACCCCUACAACCAGAAGUCGAAUAAGGGAAGAGAGGAAAGAUCCCUUGUCUGCCCUAGCAAGAGAAUAUGGAGGAUCCAAGAGAAACGCUUUGCUGAAGUGGUGCCAGAAGAAAACAGAGGGAUACCAGAAUAUUGACAUAACAAACUUCAGCAGCAGCUGGAAUGAUGGCUUGGCUUUCUGUGCAGUGCUUCACACUUACCUCCCAGCCCAUAUUCCCUAUCAAGAACUAAACAGCCAGGACAAGAGAAGAAACUUCACUUUGGCUUUUCAGGCAGCUGAAAGUGUUGGCAUCAAAUCUACUCUGGACAUCAAUGAAAUGGUGCGCACGGAGCGGCCGGACUGGCAGAAUGUCAUGCUGUAUGUUACAGCCAUUUACAAGUACUUUGAAACCUGAGCCCCCGAGCAUUCCACGGCAUAGAACCAACGGGAGCUACCAGAUGGAAACCUUCCUGAAAUGCUAAUCCCCAUUUCACUGAAAACUGGCAACAUUUGAGUCCCCUCAAACUUCAGUGGCGCUAUCCUGGAUUGCCUCAGAUUGCUGCAGCUACUAAGCCUGGAAACAACUGUUUGAAGCGAGAACUUGUUGCCACAGUGCUUGGAAUAACCCAAGUUAUUAAGCUAUUCAGAUUAAUUAUGUAGCCUAAAGAGCCUGGACUACUUAUGUGCUGCCUUUCCAGUCAGACUUCCUGAAGCUUUCUUUCCUGGGAGAGUGAGAUAAAUGCACACAGGAGACUGAAUGUACAGAUAAAGCUUUGAGGAGGAAAAGGAUAACAUGGCAUCAUAUUACUGAAUUUUCUGUAGCAUCCUGACACCACAGAGUCUGAAUAUUCUACCCACAGCAUAUGGCAGCCCAAUGCAGUAGAGUUCUUAAUGGUAACUUAGUUACUGCCUAUACAGCUAUUUUCCAUCCUUUAAAAUGUGCACAAUAUUCUAGGAAAACAAGCUUUUGUUCCAUAAUGACAAAUUGAGGGGAAAAGUGCUCUUGAUACCUCGAAAAAUUUGGCACAGAAGAAGUCUUCAUUCUAAAGCUUCAUUAUAGGCCUACCUCUGUCACAGUGAUGUGGCUUUCAUCUUUAUCUUAUGGAUUGUAAGCACUAGCACACGCAGCUCCUGGCUUUCAGGGUACACUCUACUUCAAGGAAUCUGUGCAAACUCCCUGUGCUUCCAUUAUGACAGAAAUGAAUCAAUAAUUAACCCUCGUAUGGCUUGUUCUUCCCUCUCCUCCUUUGCCUGUACAGCACACUCAGCUACCCUGGGCUUUAUUCUACAGCAAUACGAGCACACAUCACGGAUAUCUGUGGGACAAGUUUGGAACUGGGAUAGCAUUUUCUCUGCAGAGAAGAUAUUUUCAAUAAGAUGUAACAGUGAAGUAGUUGGUCUCCAAAUCCAGCUUUGCCAUGUUUCCUGUCUGUUUUUCAUUGAUCUUGCAUAUCCUCAUCUGACUGACAGAAGGUGAGAUGUUCUGUGACCAGAACUAUGGAGGAACUGAUGUAAUGUGUGUACACCCAGUAGUCUCAAAUAUUGUGUGGAAAUGACUCACUGUCACAAGGAAGGAAUUGAGAAACUUUAGUCUGCUCAACUUCUUUUUUUUGGUGGUUUUUUUUUUUUCCCCUAAAAUGUACCUGAAUUCAUUUAGCAGCUCUUGGGCAAAAGAGUUUUAAGUGCCUUAGAGAUCAUUGAAUUGAUACGUCCUGGCACUUCAGGGCCUUGUGUGGAAUGUUAAUGGCUCAGAAUUCAUGUAUCCAUUUGUCACAAGCUGUUUGUUGUCAUCUUGUUUGUCGAAGCAAGGGAAGACUUCACUCUGUCAUUGCUUCUGCCUCUUACUUUUCUGAACACCCAUCAGCAGUUAAGCCACAUCUCUCAUUAAUAUUAAGCAGAAGCCAAGUUGAGCAGUGAGCUCUGUAACAGCUGCAGUUUAUAAGCACAGGCUCUUCCAACACAGUAACCCUGUUGUAAGGAAAAGGAAUCUGCCCUUCCUAUGGUGCUCUUACGACUGUUAAGGACAGUUUGAAUGUCAUAGAUGUUAACCCAGUGAAUGCAACUGUGCUUGGCAUCUGUGAAACUUCUUCAUGGUAUAAAAGCACAGAUUUAACUCAAAAGUAUUGCCAAAUCCAAAAACUAUCAUCUGAAGAACACAGCCCACGUGAAGAGUAAUAAUUCAGCAUGUCUAGCAUUGUAUAAGAAUAUACACUUACACUGAUAUGUGCCUGUGAGAAUUAUGAAACUUUGUAAAACAACUACUUAACACACACUGAGGGACUUUGGAGAAGUUUUCAGAGCAGCAGUGGCUCCUACAUUCUUACAGCUCUUUAGCACUAGAAGUAGCCUAGAUACCCUCAGAUUAUUAACUGGUGCAUUUGAAGAGCCAACACUAACUAAAGACUCUCGUUGCAAGAGAGAUUUCAAGUCAAAAAUCUUCAUUAACAGAUUUUAAUAAAAGUCUGAAAUGCAGUUUCCUCUUCUGUAUAUGUCUUCACAAAAUUUGUUUGCUUCAUUUCUUAAGUUUCAGUAAGAAUAGUUUUAUUGGAAAUCCACAUUACCACUACUACUACUACUACUAAAUUUCAGAUUUUGCCACUUAGUGUUUAAAAUUCCCUUCUAUUUAUCCUCUGAACAGAUAUCCUUAUCUAUGAUUGUCUUAUUCAUUGCCUUAGAUGUAAAAAAUAUUUUUCUAUUGAAAAGGGAUAGCAUUUCUUGGUCUAAAUUCACUCUUGACCUGUUUUGGUGAGGUAAUUUGAGCUUUGAGCUGAUUUGCUUUCUGUCCAGUGGUCAACUUCAUUUACCUGGAAAAUGUUUGAGUCCUUUACUGCAAUAACACUAAUAGUAAUAAAAGGAGAAAUCAUGUUUGCCAGAUGCUUUCUGUUAAAAAGAGCUGCUCUUUCUUGAGAAAGAGAGAGAAAAGCUAGCAGUGAUGAUAAAAAUGACCUUGUUUGGAACUUCAGAGCUCUGUAAACUUCUUGGUGUGAUCUGUCUGAUAAACCUCUGUGAAUUCAGCCCAGGAACACUGGGCUUCAUGAAGAGUUUUUUGUAUAAUGAUGUAUCUGAGCCUUUACAUUUGAGGUGCUGCACAGCUGGGUGGAAGUAAUGAAGCAAUGGAAGAUCUAAAACAAACACAAUGCCCUGCUGCACUCUGCAGCAGUUUUUUUCUGAAGGUUCAAAACACAUUCAGUUUUUCAAGAGGAAAAAUAGCUGUAUCCCUUCUGGAUAUCUGGAAGAUACUGUUGUGUUUGGUUCCUACUCAUAGUUAAUCCUGAAACAGCCUGGUUUUUUCACUAUCAUGUAAAGUGCAAGUUUAUGCUGAUUUACUUUCCUUUUAAUCCAGAAAAUAUUUCUGAAUGUACUGAAAAAGGGCAAAUAUUUUCUCAUCCAUUUAUAUUAUUGCAUUUUACUAUGUGCCUUGCAAAUGCCUGUGCUGUAGGAUAUCAGGGUUACUCGUUGCCAGCUGUAGGGCUGGGGUGGGCAACAAAAGGAGCUGUUGGACGUCCUGAUGCAGGUACAGCUGGAUCAUCCUCUGGAUCUGUAGAUGUUACACUUGAUUUGGUUUUCAGUUGGUUGUGUUCGAUUUGGUUGUCUUCUUAAAUACAAACACUAAUUUGGUAUCUUUGGUGUGAAUCUCUGGCCCUCACAAAAGCCUUCUCAUUUCCAUGCCUCUGAAAAACUGUGAGUGAAAUUUUCCCUUUUAAAACUGUGUUUGUGGAUAGGGUAUCCAGAAUGUAGUAUAUAAUUGCAUCAGAUUCUGAUUUAUGGGUAGAUUUUUAUGUCUUUUGCAUAAAAUAUAUUCUUUGAGUUACGUGUAGCAUUUCUGAUAAUUUUGUUGUCUCCAAUUUUAUAAAAUAUUUCCACUCUGUGUUUUCCUGUAAAGUCCAUUGUCAUGGUUUAGGAGGCCCUUAAUUUGCCAGAGCUAAAUGAACUUGGCUUUAAUUUAUUGGUGUAAACUCACAUUAAUAUCCCUGGCAGCAGCUGUGCUCUGGUUUUACAUGCAUAAGGAGAAAUAAAUUGGGCCCUUGCUAUAAUGGUGCAGUACAGUGGUUUAAACUGCUGAGGAUCUGCCUGAUAAAUUGUGUAGCUGUGGCAGAAAAAAUUCUCAUUGGAGACUCAUUUCUGUGACUGAUCUCAGUGUUAAGUUCUUACCUGUUUUUUUCAGUUCUGUGAUUCAACACUUCGGGCAUUUGGAUUCUUUUGCAUCACCAAAAAAUUACUUUCACUCAGUUUUCUCUGUUUCUGUACCAAAUUGGCCCAGGGCACAAUUUUAUUACACCUGAAUUUUAACUAAAUUGUUGGGGAAGUUGGAGAUUUGGAGAACUUCUGGGUGUUUUUCUUAUUUUCUGUGUUCUUGUGCCUGGUGUGGGAAGGCUGUCUGGUGUUCAGGUGGUGUGUGACAGCAUCUCCCAAAGCUGCCCCCUGGGAUGGCUGGUGUGAAGCUAUGCAUUGGCUAAAGUUAAGCCUUUAAAACUGUGUUCAUGUGAUUUGUGGGGACUUUACUUCUCAUUUGCCUCUUGUAACUAACACAGCCACAGCUGAACUGCAGCUGCAUCAGGCAGGAGCUGUUAAGGGGCUGAAUUCUGCUGGGAAGGAAUGCAGUUGUACACCUUUAUGCUAUUUUUUGCCUAUUGUGAGUAAUGGUCUUGCUGAGGUAACCUAGAAAGAGGAUUUUAAGAUAAGUAAUGUUCAUGUACAGACUGAAUUAACUGUAUAGUUUGUUUGUGGUCCUUCCCUUGACUUAGUCAAUAUUUAUUUCUGUUUUAUUUUUACGUUCUGCCAAGCUCUGUUUCUGCAGUUCCUUUCUUUAAGCUACAUUAGUGUAUGAGUGUGCUCAGUAAUAUUAGCCAGUUUGAGAAAUUAUUUGGUGAGAAGUGCUGUUAAAGUGUCUUCCUCAUCUGUGAGUUCUAGACAUGCUUUCCUGAGUUAGUGUGUGUUGAGUGGCAAAACAUAGACAUCUCAAUACAUUUAGUUGUCCCUGUUUAGAAAAGUAUCUUUAAUAGUGUUUCUGCUUUCACAGGAGAGUGGCUGGAUGGGUUUUUAAUUAGAGUGUUGCUUGCUGGGCAUUCCCAGUCCUUCCCUCAUCUAAGUUUCUUUUGUUGUAUUCCCUGAUUUCAGAAUCAGUGUUGUAGUACACCUUAUAAUUAUCAAAGCCGAGAUGUUAAGCAUCUGGAAUAUGUAGCAAGUAUGCUUUUGAUAAUUACUGCUAAAUAACUGAAAAGAUUGAGGUUUGUACAGUUCUGAUUUCUGUUAAUUGAUACGAAUGUCUUUCUUUCCUGAUGUUUUUGCUACACUUGCCAGUUGUUGGGGUGCAACACCCUCCAACUCAGUUUGACAAAGCCACUGUCCCCCCCUCCUCGAGUUAAUUCAUUCUGUGAUAUUAGAAUUAUUUCCUCCCACUGAAACUUCAGUAAAACCUAUGAUUACCAGAUGACUUUCUUCCAACUGACAUUAGCUUUUAGUUGGAAUAUUCCUUACCCUUAGGCCACUGUCUGCCACAGAGUUGCACAUAAAGUUCCCAUCAGUUCCAGCAGGACUUGGGGAUGCAGAACAGUAGGGCAAACUUUUGGCAGAGUAUUACAGCAGCCUCAUGCAAUUAAGCUGGUUUCAUUUUAAUCCCCUAUUUUCAGGGGGUUUCAGUUUAGGCAAAAUCAUUUACUGAAGGCUGAAAUGUGGCACGUUAGUUCUCCACUGGGAAGUAUGCUUCUGUUUAAUAAUAUUUUUAUGAGAUUGUAUUUAUGGAAAUGGAAAGGAAAAUGUCAUGAAGCUAGUUUUGUUGCACUUUUCUAAGGCUUUUGUAUUUUGCAUAGUUCUAGAAUAUGAGCAAGUUGUUUGGGGAAGCCAAGGCUUAAAACUGGCUCUGCCCCAGCAUAGCAGUGUAUUCUGUGCAUUUUCACCCUCGUGAUCUAUGUAUUAUUUUAAUUGCAUGUAACUGGUGUAUUUAUAUGGUAGUGAGGGAGCCCAGUGGACAUUUCCUGCUGCAGAGGAGCCAUUGGCAGUCCUGGUUCCACGGAUCACAAACUGACCUGUUCUCACUGUAGACUGCACUUGCAGUAAUGGAAUGGUCCAGCUUUGAUUCUGAACUCUGUUUCAACAAACAGGGAGGAAGAGGCUCUUCUUUUUUUUUUUUUUGUUCCAUUGUUGAAAUUUCUCUGGAGGCUUUCCAGUUUUUGCAUAUGUUCAGUUAGGAUGGUUACUUGGGACUCAGUUCAGCUAAGAGGGCACAAGUACAUGUAACAUACUCAAGUGAUUAAUCCUUGUAACUUACAACAUUUCAGUUUGUUAGAAACUUUUGGUUUUAUGUGUAUUGUAAGGUUAAUUUUUAUGUCUUUAAGUAGCACUUUUAUAUAUAUCUGAAGGGUUUUUUUGAACAGAAGUGUUUUUUCUGUGUUAUCUAAUGGGAAGAAAGAAUAACACUACUAAACAAGGCAUAGACUAGUUUGCCUCCAGACUGUAAGUUCACUUUAGGUCAGUAGUGAUCAAGAGUUGUUCAAUGUGUCUGAAAUAAGGUGGUGAUCCCAUUUAAUAUUGGGCAACUCUCCCGAUCAGAAUCAGAAGGGCAUUAAUUGGUACCUCCACCCCUCGGGUGAGGGUGCUUCCAGUUCAGGUGUGAGGCAGAACUGACAGAGCAGUGUGAUGAACUUCGGAUUUUGUGGAAGAAUAGGAUUGUAUUGAUGUCUCAGUCUGACUUCACAGCACUAUAUUGGAUAAGGACUAACCUUGUUUGAGAUGACACUGCAGCCAGUAAUAAUAUCUCCUAAAUAGCUAAUUUAAAGCUCAUUUUCCAUGGCCUUUAAAGAUGAUGUAAAAAACAGUGAUUCUUAAAAGCUCUUCUCAUCCAUCCAGCUUUUCUGAUUUGUUUUCGUUUUACUCUUCCUUGAAACACAACUGUUUUAUGUCAGUCUUUGUGUGGGUUUAGUAAUUCUUGUUCUAGACAACAAGUACUUUGCUUUUUUCCCAGAACCCUUUUGAAUAGUUUACACACACACAUUGACAUGUAUGGACAUUUUUCAUAGAGAGGGUUUGCAUAAAUGUGUAAUUGUACAUAUAUAUACACACACGUAUAAACGUGUGUGUACAUAAAUGUACUUCAGGUUCUGAAUAAAAUGGAACAUGUUUCAAGAAGUGCUUGUCUUGGAUACUUAGGGUGGUGUAUUAGUGUAUUUAUUUAAAUGAUAAAGAGGAAAAACCAUUUUGUUUGCUUCUGGUUAGAGCUGAGAAAUACAGGUUUGAGGAGAACUUGGACAAAUGUUCCAAUUGUAUUUCACCCUGGUUUCAUUUCUGGUUUGAAAGGCACAAGCUGUUAAUCAUUGGAACUUAAGAAGUCAGCAAGCCUGUGUUAAGCUAAACCUUUUGGAGGACCCAAUAUGCUUUUAGUUUGCAAGGACCACUAAAGAUCUGGGCAUUUACUUUCUCCAUAAUAUAUUCUGUAUGAGUAUUUAGUAUGUAUGCCUUCGAUUUGCCAAUGUUGCCAUGUUUUCUUCUUAAUUAUUCCUGAAAUAAAGGUUGCAAAUAGCA